AUGGAGCAGAGUUCAGCCUCAGGGAUACCAAAGAAUCCUGACAAGUUUAUUAAUGUUGUUUUGAAUCAUGGUGAGCAUUCUGCGGUUUUUCGUGUUAAUACUAAAAUAACCGUAGAAGAAUUGAAGCAUUUAGCAUGCAAGCAGUGGAGGUCUUUGUCCCCUGGGAGUAUAUGUUUCAGCUAUAUGGACAAUGCUCAAGUAGUUUUUGUGACAGGUGAUAUACAACUACAAAGCUUAAUUGGUUUCAUGAUUCUUAUUGAUAAUGAAGAUGUGUAUUUGCGUGUGGGUAUGAUUCCGAAUCAUACUUCUCGUUCUAAGUCUGGUUGUAGCAGAAGUUCUGGUUCUAAGUCUGGUUGCAGCAGUAGUUCUGGUUCUUGUUUUAAGUCUGCUUGUGAAACUGAAAGUCCUAAGAUGGUAAGGGUGUUAGAUCAUGAUGCAAACAAGGGGAAGCCUCUUAUUAUCGAUGAAUGGAAUUAUGUAUUUGACGAGAUUGGUAGAGAAUUCAUGGGUGGUGUUAAAGCUGUUAGGAUUGCUCUCGAUAAGUACAAGAUGGCUACUGGUCACAAGAUUGUUAUUCUUAAAAAUGACACAACUCAUUUUACUGCAAAAUGUGAAGAAGAUGGUUGCGCUUGGAGGAUUCACUUUGGGCCUGUGAAUGGUGAUACUUCUCGGUUCGUGCUGAAAGAUUCUAACGCUCACAGCUUAAAACCCAGACAGAUCAUUUCACUUUUCAAGAAAACUUAUGGGUCCAAUAUUAAGUAUCACCAUGCCCGUAGAGGGAAAGAAGUUAUAUUUGAAGAACAGUAUGGCGAUGAUGAGAAGUCGUAUAGUGAUUUUACUUGGUAUGUCAAAGCAAUUGAAGAAACUAAUCCCGGUAGCUAUGUGAGGUUUGAAGUUGAGGAUGGAACCAAUAGAUUUCAGAGGAUAUUCGUUUGUUACGGUGCUUGCAAGCAUAGCUAUAGGUAUCUCAGGCCCAUGAUUUACUUGGACGCUACUUUCCUUACUGGUAGAUACAGGGGUACUCUGAUGGCUGCAACAUGUAUGAACGGAAACAAUGAGUUUUACCCAUUUGCUUUUGCUAUUGUUUCUUCUGAAACCAAAGAUAAUUGGUUUUGGUUUCUGGAGAAUCUUCAAAAACUUGUCGAUGGUCGUCCGAUUGUUUUCCUUAGUGAUCGUGGAGAAGGACUUUUACAGGGCAUUCCAAAAUAUUUUCCUAAUUCACAUCACAACUAUUGCUUUUACCACAUCAAAUGCAAUCUCCCCAUUGGAUCAGGUGAUGUGAAUUCGAAGCCCGUUCUUGAUUUGUUUUACAAAGCUGCGUACUCUUACACACCAGCAAACUUUGAAGAAGCUUUGCGGGGCAUGCAUGCAAUUGGAUGUGGGCAUGUUGCUAACUAUAUCAGGACUAUUCCAAAAGAGAAAUGGGCAAAUGCAUUUUUCUCUGUAUGCAGAUAUGGUGCUCACUCUUCAACUCUUGCUGAGUCCUUCAACAACUGGGUUCUUCCUUUCAAAAAGUUGUCUGCUUUUGUUCUUCUCGAUGCGAUACGUUUGAAGGUUAUAGAGAAGAUGUCUGAGAGAAGGAUAAUAGGUCUAGAAACUUUCAACACUAGGCUCACUCCUGAAUAUGAGGCUUUACUAAAGGAAACCAUUGACAUUGGUCGUACUUGGACUGUUGUUUAG